AUGGACGACGUGAAGCUGUCCCGCUGUCGCCCCCUGGUGGCCGAUGAAGCUUCUCAUCCUGCUCAGCACCAUCUUGAAUUUUCGAAACCACAAGAUGAACUUCAGCUGUUUGAAGACGACUUGAAACUAGAGACGGAGUCGUUGGAUCAGUUGCUAGGCAACAGCUACUGUGACGCUAAUGUUGUCGUGACGAUGCCACAGAGGCGGAUAUUUAACGAGCUAGCACGCAAGCCGAUGAUGAUGAUGAUGUCGGAAAACUUGGAUCCGAGCGAAGACGUCCUCCCCCCCCAUGAGCUGGAGCCCCCCAGGGACGAGGACGGACACUGCCCCCUGCCCUUCAGGCUGCAGCUGAUCGAUGACCUGACGUAUGAAGACGUGAAGAAGUGCUACAGAGGAUCAACGGUCAGCAAAUACAACUCUCAGUACCACAAACUGUUCCAGACGGUUCCUCACGAGGAGAUCCUGAUGAAAGUGUACUCCUGUGCGUUGCUGAGGGACAUCCUGUUGCAGGGCCGUCUCUACAUCUCCAGGAACUGGUUGUGUUUCUAUGCCAACCUGUUUGGUAAAGACAUCAAAGUGUGUAUCCCCGUGGUGUUGGUUCGUCUGGUGAAGAAACACAAGACCGCCGGCCUGGUGCCGAACGGACUCGCCAUCACCAUGGAUACCGGACAGAAGUAUGUGUUUGUGUCCCUGUUGUCCAGAGACAGUGUGUAUGACGUCUUGCGGAGGAUCUGCACUCAUCUGCAGGUGAACGGGAAGAGUCUGAGUGUGAAGCUGUUCCUGGAGGAGCCCAUUUCUCUGUCAAUGGACGAGUUUCCCGAGGUGUUGAAGUGGAGGAGGAAGCCGUCGCUCCCCAUCGUCUCCUCGUCCCUCCCAGACCUGCUGGGAAGCUCCUCCCCCAGCCUUGCCGACGACACGCCCUUCAGCACGCACACGCUCACGCUGACCGACAGCAGCCUGGAGACCGAGAAGAUCCUGCUGACAGAACCAGCACCUGAACUGGGUCACAUGGAGUACCAGCUGCUGAAACUCUUCAUCCUGCUGUAUGUCCUCCCUGUGUGUCUCAGUGUCUUCCUCCUGGUCCUGUCCUCCUGCUACCUGGCCUUCAGAGUCUGUCGCCUGGAGCAGCAGCUCAGUUUCCUGAGCAGCCAGACGACGCCGAGGGAAAGGUGUGGCGAGGUGCCCUGCUGGCUGGCCAAUCAGAGGACAGGGACCUGA